AUGAAUAGCGUAUUAUGCAAAGCUGGUUUUAAAGCAACAACGGGAAUUACGAGAUGUUUUUCGGUUACGGCAAUUAAAAAUGCUGAUUAUUCGUGCAAGUUAUUAGUGAUAGGCGGUGGAACUGGUGGCUGCACCAUGGCAGCUAAAUUUGCCAAAAGAUUAAAAAAAGAUGCUGUCAUAGUACUAGAACCAAGUUCUGAUCAUUACUACCAGCCAUUAUUCACGCUAGUGGGGGCUGGGGUAACUUCAGUAGCGGCCACUCGUCGUAACGAACGCUCCGUGCUACCUGAUAGAGCCAAGUGGCUCCAGGACUCAGCCCUGAGUGUGGACCCCAAGAAUAAUAAAGUGAAGACUACGAACGGACACACAAUUAACUAUGAAUAUAUGAUUAUCGCUGCUGGCUUGGUCAAUGAUUACGCUAAGGUGCCAGGUCUAAAAGAAGCUUUAAAAGACAAAUCCAGCGGCGUGUCAACUAUAUUCUCUCAGGAUUACUGCGAGAAGACCUGGUCAGAUAUUAAGAACUUCAAAGGUGGUGACGCCAUCUUCACGUAUCCCGACACACCCAUCAAGUGUCCGGGAGCACCGCAGAAGAUCGCGUACAUGGCUGAUGCGUAUUUCAAUAAGUCGAACGUUAGAUCGAAAAGCAACAUAACAUACAACACCUGCCUCCCGGUGAUCUUCGGCGUGAAGAAGUACGCGGACGUGUUGUUGAAGAUAGCGAACAGAAAGAACAUUAAGGUCAACUAUAAGACUGUGCUUAGAGAAAUACGACCGGAGAAGAAAGAGGCGGUGUUUAUACACACGGAGGAUAAGAAUAAGUUCAAAUCGGGUAAUUUUGAUCUUUCCGACUCGUAUCGAUCAGGAAGACCAUCAGCGUUAGGCAACGACGUGUUAAGGGCGGAAGUGGAAGCAAAUCCGUGUCAGACGAUCGAGGAAUUGUCAAACAGUCUCAACAAACCUUGGUCGACCAUCCAAGAACAUUUGAAGCAGAUUGGGAAACAAGUAACUCUCCCAUACAACCUCCUGCACGUGACUCCUCCCAUGAAGACGCCCAGCUUUCUUCAAACUAGCGAAGAUUUGGUAGACGGAGCCGGCUACCUUACUGUGGAUAAAUACACGUUACAACACACCAAGUACGAAAACAUAUACGGCAUUGGAGACUGUACUAACACGCCGAAUAGCAAGACAGCGGCUGCUGUUGCCAAGCAGAGCUACGUCGUAGAACAGAACCUGCUACGGACGAUGGGUGCUAAGACGGCUCUACGACGAUACGACGGCUACGGAGCCUGUCCACUGGUCACUUCAUACAACACGUGCGUGCUGGCUGAAUUCGUGUAUGACGGAGUACCGAGAGAGACGUUACCCUUCAACCAGGUCCACUACUACCAACCACUAUUCACGUUAGUGGGAGCCGGUUUAAAAGAUUUCAAAUUCAGUCAUCGACAGACGAGGUCAAUUCUACCACGAAACGUUAUAUGGUUGAAGGACGCGGCAGAUGAGUUCGAUCCUUGUAACAAUGUUGUUUACACGGCACAUGGUUACAAAGUGAGAUAUGAGCACAUGGUAGUGGCUGUGGGUUUGAAGAACGAUUACGAACAAGAUGCUCUCGACAAUCCCCUACUACCGGUUUCGACGUCAUACUCGCCAGAUUACUGUCAGAAGUGCUGGUGUUGUAUAAAAGGUUUUAAAGGUGGACACGCGUUAUUCACGUUUCCUAAGACGCCUGGGAAAUGUUCAGGAGCUGCUCAGAAGAUUAUGUAUUUAGCUAACGACUAUUGGAGAUUGCACAAAAUAGAUUCGUUAACCAACAUCACGUAUAAUACUGCGGGCAGUAUAUUAUUCGGUGUAUCAAAGUACGCUGGGUCGUUGCAAAAAAUAGCUAUGAAUAAGAACAUCACGAUCAAUUAUAACUUGGAACUCAUCGAAGUGACUCCUAAACAGGCCAUCUUCAUGGAUACUCAUGGACAAAUAAUAUACUUACCAUACAAGUUUCUUCACGUUACUCCGUCCAUGUCUCCUCCUGUAUGUCUCACCAAGUGCGAGGAACUGGCCGUCAAAGAAUACCUCGAUGUGGACAAACACACUCUACAACACACUAGAUAUAACAAUAUAUAUGGAGUAGGAGACUGUGUCAAUACACCCAACAGCAAGACUGCCGCUGCUAUCAGUAAACAGAGCUAUGUAGUGGCAUCAAACAUUUGGCAGACUAUGUAUGGCAAAAAACCGAACGUCAAGUAUGACGGUUACUGCGCUUGUCCCGUCCUUACAUCCCUAAAGACCGGAAUAUUGGCUGAAUUCGUUUACGAUAAAAUACCUCACGAGACGUUCCCUUUUGAUCAGGCGUUUUAA